GCUCCAACACGACACCCUGUAUACAGGAUAUCAAACUAUAUGUUAGUCACACAGGGUUUUGCAGAGUAUGUAUGAGUGAAGCCACCACAGAGCAGCGUUACUUUGGAUUUGUAUAAUUUGAACAGUACAUAUUGACGCUGAGCAGAAUUAUGGAAAACGAAACGCCGUGGCUUCCUGCAAUCCAAACAGCUCUUCAAUCCGUUCGGGAUUUAUAUAACAGCCAACAAUUUGACGAAAUCACCCGAAUUUAUGCGGAAAACAUUCGGCUAUUUCCGCCGAACAUUCCGGAACAACACGGGAAGGCAGCCGUUGUGGACAUUUUCAAAGAGAUGUUCUCCCUGGGUGGAACCCGAGUCGAAAUGGCAAGUAUUGAAAUUCUGAAAGAGGACACCGACUGGGCAAUGGCAAAACAGAACUUCACGUUAUACUCGAAUCAAGGGUAUGAACUCUUCACUGCCAAGAUGAUUCAUACCUGGCGAAGAAAAGAUGGUGGAGCGGAAGUGACGUUAGCAAUAUGGAAUUUUGACAGUCUCUGAUGAAACCUACCCUUGGACGCAUGUUGACUCCACAUAAUUGGGCCAACGACGCCUCUUGCUUUAUUUUUUUUUCAUACGAGGUGUAUACACUUAAAGAAGAUUAGGCCUACUUAAUUAGGCCUACUAAUGGAGACGAAUGUCCAUACUGAAAAUAAGUCUGUGCGUUUAUGAACUUCACAAGAUUCAAAAUCGACGACUGGAGCAAAAAUACCUGAAGUGUAGUGGUGUGAUUCCACGGAAAUGUUCCAUAAAUACUCAGGAGUGUUUUCACGGACAUGUUCCAUAAAUACUCAGGAGUGUUUUCACGGACAUGUUCCAUAAAUACUCAGGAGUGUUUUCACGGACAUGCUUUAUGAAUACUCAGGAGUGUUUUCACGGACAUGUUCCAUAAAUACUCAGGAGUGUUUCACGGACAUGUUAAAUGAAUACUCAGGAAUGUUUUCACGAACAUGUUCCAUGAAUACUGAGGAGUGUUUUCACGGACAUGUUCCAUAAAUACU